UAGUCUCUCUAGCGUUUUAGUUUCUUCUCUCUCUCUCAGGAAUAAACAGUUGCUGUGGAAAUCGGAAAUGGCCCCAAAGAAAGGAGUCAAAGCGGUUACCAAGAAGAAGCCGGAGAAAGUAACAAACCCACUUUUUGAAAGGCGUCCAAAGCAAUUUGGAAUCGGAGGAGCAUUGCCACCGAAGAAGGAUCUCACCAGAUACAUCAAAUGGCCAAAGUCCAUCCGCCUCCAGAGGCAGAAGCGUAUUCUUAAGCAGAGGCUUAAGGUCCCACCUGCACUCCACCAGUUCACUAAGACCCUUGACAAGAACUUAGCAACUUCUCUCUUGAAGAUUCUCCUCAAGUACAGGCCUGAGGACAAAGCAGCCAAGAAGGAGCGUCUUCUCAAGAAGGCUCAGGCCGAGGCUGAGGGAAAGCCUGCUGAAUCGAAGAAGCCUAUUGCUGUGAAGUAUGGUCUUAACCAUGUUACAUACCUCAUUGAGCAGAACAAGGCACAGUUGGUGGUGAUUGCUCAUGAUGUGGACCCCAUUGAGUUGGUUGUCUGGUUGCCUGCACUGUGCAGGAAAAUGGAGGUUCCUUACUGCAUUAUCAAGGGGAAGUCACGAUUGGGAGCGAUUGUCCACCAGAAAACAGCAGCUUGCUUGUGUUUGACAACGGUGAAGAACGAGGACAAGAUGGAGUUCAGUAAAGUCCUUGAGGCUAUUAAGGCAAACUUUAAUGACAAAUAUGAAGAGAACCGGAAGAAGUGGGGAGGAGGGAUAAUGGGAUCCAAAUCACAGGCCAAGACUAAGGCUAAAGAGAGAGUUCUAGCCAAGGAAGCUGCUCAGAGGAUGAAUUAAUCUAUAGUUUUAUAUUUUGCCUUAAAAAGUCUUUUGUUUUAGCUGUUGGGACCCCUCUUUACACCGCCUUGAGUAUCCCCAUAUUUGACUUGGGCUUUAUGGAAUUUUAACUUUUGAAAAGAUUCAGAGUCCAUAUCUCUGAUGAUCUAAAA